GUAACUUGGGUUAUUUUGGUAGUACCCUGGGUUAUUUUGGUAGCAGUUUGGGUUAUUUUGGUAGUAACUUGGGUUACUUUGAUAACAACUUGGAAUAUUUUGAUAAUACCCUGGGUUAUUUGGCUUAUUUUGAUAGUGCCUUUGUUUAUUCUGAUAGUAACUUCGGUUAUUUUGGUAAUAAAUUGGGUUGAGAGUAACUGGUAAUUUUGGUAGCACUCUAGGUUAUUUUGGUAAUGUUUUGAUUAUUUUGAUAGUAACUUUGAUUAUUUUGGUAGCACUUUGGGUUAUUUUGGUAGUAACUUGGGUUGAGAGUAACUUUGGUUAUUUUGGUAGUACCCUGGGUUAUUUUGGUAGCACUUUGGGUUAUUUUGGUAAUGUUUUGGAACAGCUUUUGGGUGGUGAGGCUCUGCUCUUGCUUUGGGCUGCAUUUUGUGUGCCAAACACUAAUAAAAGGCCUGGGAUUACACUAUGGUAUGAAAUUCUGGCCUGUUGCAGUGAAGAGCUGAGUUAAGCAGCUGAGGGGUUUUUUUUCUGCCUGGGAAAGAAGGGAUAACAGUGAAUAAAGACAAGAUAAUAAUGGUUUAAAAGAAAAGCAUUCACUGAGGGAUUGAUUUACUGUAGGCUUAAUGGAGGGUUGCCUGGAGAGUUUAUCCAGCAGAGGAAGGUAAGCUGAAACACAUGAAAAAAUAUCCCUUAUUUCAGAGAAUAAACACAGCUCUCUACGUACACCCUAAUUACCCUCCUUUCAGGGAAAGUUAAUAUUUCCUUUGUAGCCCAUUUAGGUCAAACUCAUUCACAACCUUUUUCCAGAGGCAGCUCACUCGUGCCUUACAGCAUUUCUUUUCCAGCACUGCACACACCACAAACACUGCUUGCUUGCCACAGGACUCUUGUGGUGUAUAUAUACAUUUUAUUUAUUAUUAUUUUCACUUUUUUUGUUUGUUUGUUUUUUAAUACAGGGAUCUUCUGUACAAUCAGGCCAAGAUUUUUGCUGAGGCUCAUUCACACCAGCACAGUUUAUAGGCAUAAGGAAUAUCAGCAACCACAGUAUUUGCCCACAGUUCCCAUUAAAACAGGCUAAAUUACAUUAUUCCCAUUAAGAUCAUGUGGCAAUGAUAAGCAGUGAUGUAAAGAAACAAAGCUUAGUAAAAAAUUAGCAAUUCCAGACAAGUUGAUUUAAUGAAUGACCCAAACCAAUCAAUAGCAGCAAUAUUUUAAUAGAACUUUGCAGCCAAUUAAUAAAGUGCAACUCCAGCCCCGCAGAAAUCAAUGGGAUUUUGCCUCUGACUGAGCUGGGAGCAUAAUCCAAUUUGUGGUGUCUGAUGGAGCACAGCACUCCUGUUCUGGAGCUUGACUGACUCUUUUAAGUGUUUCAUUGGAAGUUUGUGAUGUCAAACCCUUUCUUCCUGCUUAGGGACAAGAGGAAUGAUGUGGGGAAUGAGCAGUGUUGGUUCCAGGGCUGAUCCAAGGGGCUCUGCCCUGCCCUCUGGGCACCCCGUGGAAGUGGAGCCCUUCCAGGUGACCUGGGGACCCUGCAGGCCAGAGGAGAGGGAUGCUGCUUUGGCUCGGGUGGGUGGAGCUCCCAAACCUUCCAAAAGUCCCAGUUCCAUUCUGGAGCUCUGGAAUAUCCCCAUCAUGGGUGGGUAAAUACACCACAACUGUUCCUGAGGGCUGCUCCUGCCACAAAACCUCCCGAGCUGGCUGUCCUGCAGUGCCCUCAGAAGUCCACCCCAUUGGGAAGGGUUCCAGCAAGCUGGAGCUCAAUCGGGUGAGGCUGCUCCGUGGUUCCCUUCCCAGAAACUUUCCCUGGUCACCCCUGGCUUGUGGAGCCUCCCCUGUCCGGGUCCUUCCCUUUCCCUGCAGUCCUUCCCUCCCUGUCACCCUCCUUACAUUCACCCCCAAGCUCAUUUAUCCCUCUGCUUGUUUUUGGCUGCUUCUCCUCUCCCUUUUCAGGCUUGCUGCCCCAAACCCACACAGAGCAUCCCAGGGGAAAGCUGCACAGAGAAUCCCAGGGGAAAGCUGCACAGAGAAUUCCAGGGAGCUGCACAGAGAAUCCCAGGGGAAAGCUGCCCAGGGCAUGCCAGGGGAGCCUCCCCACUGCAGAGCACUCGGAGCACGCUCCCCCAGGUGAUCCCAGCCCAGGGAGCAAAGUUCCUCAGAUUCCUGCAUCACAGGCUCCUUCUCUUCUGCCUGUGGCGGAGUGAUGUGAAAUUCCUCUCCCUGUGGAAGUUCAGGCUUUCUGUACUGGAUUUCAACACAGUUGCAAUCUUGCAGUUAAGAAAUUGUCAGCCCUGCAAUUAGGCACCUUUAAUUGAAUCCCUGCCACUUGCUUAAUUACAGCAGCACUUCAGCCGCCCUCCGAGGAGCAGUGGAGUCAGCCCUGCCCCACCUCUGCAGGCUGCCAUUGGCUGCAAACCUGCCGGGCUUGACGGGCUGCAGCCAAGGGGAUUUCAGAGCAAAUAAAUAGCCGGGCCUCGGAGCAGCCAGGAAUGGAUUUCCACCGGUUGGAGCUCCGGCCUCUCGCCAGGAACCUGAACUGCUGUGCCAGGAAACCGCUGGAGAAGGCGUUCGUGUCCUGCAGUGCAUGGCUCGUGUGAGCAGGUGACUUGGACAGUCCAUGCAGGUGACUUUUUGGGGCAGCAGCUGAGGGGCAGCAUGGUUUGCUGCGUGCUGCAGAUCGCCGGGCUGAUCUUGGGCGGCGUGGGCAUGGUGGGCACGCUGGCGGCCACCGCCAUGCCCCAGUGGAGGGUGUCUGCCUACGUGGAGGGCAACAUCGUGGUGUUCGAGACCAUCUGGGAGGGGCUGUGGAUGGACUGCAUCAGCCAGCUGGGCCUCAGGCUGCAGUGCAAGUUCUACGACUCGGUGCUGGCGCUGCCGCCGCCGCUGGAGGCCUUGCGGGCCCUCAUGUGCCUGGCGGCGGCGCUGGCCGUGCUGGCCUUCCUGCUGGCCAUCGCGGGGGUCAAGUACAGCCAGCGGGCCAAGCAGGGGCCCCGGGCCCUCAGCCCCUUCAUCCUGGCGGCCGGGGCGGCCUUCCUGCUGACGGGCACGCUGGUGCUGCUGCCGGUGUCCUGGACCGGGGGCAGCGUCAUCCGCGACUUCUACGACCCCGCGGUGCCCGCGCCGCUGAAGCGCGAGCUGGGCGCUGCGCUCUACGUGGGCUGGGCCAGCAGUGCCCUGCUGCUGGCCGCGGGAGCCAUGUACUGCCACUGCUGGUGCCGGGCUGGCGCGGCCGCCGGGCACGGCCACCCCCGGCUGGCCCGGGCAGCGCGGCCGGGAGCGCCGGCCCUGGGCGUCCAUGCCUACGUGUAGCUGCUGGCCCGGCCACCGAGAGCUCUGGGCUGCACAGGACCCCAAGGAUCAUCCCAUUCCAGCCCCUGCCACGCCAAGGACACCUUCUACCAGCCCAGGGAGCUCCAAGCCCCGUCCAGCCUGGCUUUGGACACUGCCAUGGAUCCAGGGCCAUGCUGUGAUCUUCCGACUUGACGUGUGCUGACUGACUUCCUAAUUUACCCUCAGGAGGAGCAAUUUUGUUGCUUUGCUGUUUGCUGGUGACUCGGAUCUCUGUCUCUGGUGCCUGGCAGGACCUGUUCUCACACAGGUGCUUGGUUAGAGCACAGCCUGCAUUUCUUUGGGAAUGAGGAACGGCGUGGGACAGCAGCAGUCAGCAGGCUCUCGGGGGAGAUGAGCAGCCCGUGCUGGGGGGCAAAGGGAGCAGGGCAUGUCCCUGAGGAGUGGAUUGUCCCUAAGGAGUGCCCCGGGAGAAGCCUGGAGCUGGCAGCAGGGCUCGGUGAACAGAGAAGCCUCCAGCUUCCAGUCCUGGCACACAGAUGUUUGUGCUGCCCCAGCAGAGGCCUCUGGGACUGUCCAUGGAUUUCUGGUGCUUGUGGAGCUGCUGUAUCCUCCUCAUCCCCUCUGCAGGGCAUGGAACGUGGCUCACGGAACAGAUUUUUAACCAUUUCCCGGUGUUGGUUUCCCUGCUGCUCAGCACCCCUGCUGCUCUGUAGGCAGCACCUCCUCCUUGGCAGAGCCUGGCACAGCCCGUGCUCAGGAAGCCCUGUGCCCGUGCAAAGUGCAAUCACCAGGGAAUUACCAGUGCAAUCACCAGGGAAGGCACAGGCAGUCCCACCUGCCCCUCGGAGCACAGAGCUGCUCCCACGGCUCCCAGCACGCCCAAAAGCCAAGCCCUGACAUUGCUCCUGCUGCUCCGAGCUUGCCAGGCUGCCUUGGGAAUGCAGCCUGAUCCUGUCUGUCUGUCCGUCCUGCAGGAUCCGACAGCAUUUGCAUGGUUUGGAAUUUCAGUAUUCCCAGCUGAAAGCCUCGGAGCCUCCAUGUCAGAGCUGAUCCAAAGAGGAGCUCAGACAGAGUCCCUGAGCUCAGACAGCCCCGUGCUCGUGUGGGGGCUUGGAGCCAGCCCUGAUCCCGAGGGCAGAGCCAGGCUGGGCUGAGUGGCACACCUGGCACUUUCUGGGCACGUGCUGGAGCAUUUCAGGCUCACGGGAAUACGUCUGAGAGGGUGGCACUAACAUUUCAGAGUUUGGGCAGAGCUGGAAUUCCCACACUGUGGAUUCUGGUAGGGAAAAGCCCCCUUGGAGCAUGAGUGGAUGUUUUGUGUCUGCAGGCAUGAAGGGAUUUGGCACUGAGGGGGUGCAUGUGUGCCUGCUGAGGGACACAGAGUUUUUCCUCUGCCCUGUUCAGAUGCUCUGAGCUGGCCUGGGAGCUGCUCGGGGUCUGGGAGCAGGAGCAGCAAAAGGAAGCUGUAAGACUUCAGCAAAACCCUGCAGCUGGACUUUGCAGCUGCCCUGCUGCUGUGGAUGAGUUUCCUGAGGGCAACAGGAGAAGUUUGGCUGGUGGAGGGGCUGGGCCACACCCCGUGCCCAGGGCUGCACCUGCUCUGGGACAUCUCUGGCUCCUGCUGGGUUUCAUCCAGCCCGAGCCCGUGUCCAGGGACCCUGAGCGCCCAGGGGGCUUCCUGCAGCUCAUCUGGAUGCUGACGGGCCCUUCCAGGAUGCCAGCAACAAGAGAAAGGGUUUUUGGGAGGGAAGGAGCCCUG